AUGUCAUUUCGAAUACCUAAAAUAAAAAAAGAUCCUCCAAUCAGUACAGAUUCAAAUACAAGUACCGAUGCAAGUACGGAUACAAGUACAGAUACAAGUAUAAAUACAAAUAAAGGUACAGAUACAAGUACAACUAGUUCAAAAGAAAUAUACUAUCCAAAAAUAACAAUUUCACAAGAAGAUAUGUUUCGUAUUUUUGCUUAUUUAACAAUAUUGUUCAUUGGAGAUAAUUCCAUACGUACAAUUUAUCGUGAUUUUGUUCAAAUAUUUUCUACUGGUAGAUUAUUAAAAAAAGGAGAAGCGACUAUACAACAUGGUGAAUAUAAAAUGGAAGGUGAAGUUCGUUUACAAAAAAGUGGUAAACGUGGGCAUCGAGAUUAUAAAGAUGUACGUUAUUAUUUUUGUCAGACUUCAUCGACACAAUUAAUUUAUAUAUAUAUACCAACUGUCUUUGGAGAUAUAGCACAAAGAAAUAUUGAUUAUUUAAAAACAAUCAAGAAUUGUAGAUUUAUUCAUGCUGUUAUUUUUUCAUUAUAUCAUGGUAAUUUGAAUUUUGCUCAAUUGAAAAAAAUUGAAAUACCAUUCAACCAACAUUUAGAACAAUAUGAUGAAAAUUUUAAUAAAAUUUGUAUGCAUCUACUAGAUAUAUGUGAAAAUAAAAAAGAUCGUCACCAAAAAAAAAUCUGGAUGGGACCAUUUCCACCAAAUAUGAAAUUAACUAAAGAACAAAAAGAACAAUUCAAAGAAAUAAUUCUUCAUACAGAUACAAUUACUAAAAUAAAUGGUUUCAAACGAUUUAAGCGUAAUUUCAUUUGGAAAAAAACUCAUAAAGAAUUAUUAAUAAAAAAUACACAUUAUUUUUCACCGAAAGGUAUUCGUUUAAUGACACAAUUUCUUGCUGAAAUUAUCGGCACAAGAUGGGAAAGGACAAUAUAA